AUGGGCUCUCUCACCUCGCCUGCAUUCUCCGUUUCCAAGAUCGCCGUCAUAGGGGCUGGGCCCUGCGGUCUCGCGGCGGCCAAAUACCUCAAGGCGCAGGGCUCCUUCAGCCAAGUCACUGUCCUGGAGCAGCAGGAUGAGGUGGGCGGCGUAUGGAACUACAAGGAAGAAACGCCUGGUCCUUCGCCCAUACCUCAACAGGACCCCUUCCUACGGCCGGAUGAGCCCUUGAAGCAGGACAGCGGCAAGGCGCCGAUAUUCCCAUCACCAAUGUAUCACAAGUUGCACGCCAAUAUCCCAGGCCAGCUCAUGCGAUUCUCCGACAAGGCGUUCCCCAAAGAUGCCUGGGCGUUCCCGUCACGAGAGUAUAUCCAAGACUAUCUGCUCGAGUAUGCAAAAGAUGUACGAGAUCUGAUCCGCUUCUGCUACCGAGUGACACACAUGAGCCUCGCGGCAAAGGACGGACAUGACCGCUGGAGGGUUCAGGCUACUUCGACAAUAGGGGAGGGCGAGCUUGAUGAAAUCUUUGAUGCCGUCGUCAUUGCCAACGGACACUACGCUACGCCUUUUGUUCCUGCAAUCAGCAACAUCAAGGAUUUCUCGGAGCGCUAUCCUGGAAGUAUCAUCCACUCCAAGCACUUUCGACGGCCCGAUGCGUACAGGGGCAAUAAGGUUGUCGUCGUCGGGAACGGACCUUCAGGGACGGAUAUUGCCCUUCAAAUCAACGGCGUCUGCAAGCAGCCCGCCCUCUUGUCGGUCAAAGAGGCCACGCCAGAGGAACGGCUGGCGCAUACUGGCUGUCGCGAGGUGCCGCAGAUCAGCGAGUUCCUCGUCGAGCAACGAGGUGUGCGCUUUACUGAUGGCUCGGUGGAAACCGACAUUGAUGCAGUCGUCUUCUGCACAGGAUUCAUGUACAGCUAUCCCUUUCUAGACAAGAAGCUCGGGCUCAUCACAGACGGCAAAGGGGUGCACGGGCUGUACAAGCACCUGAUCCACAUUGAGCAUCCGACACUGGUUUUCCCGGGAUUGAACAUUAAAGCCAUUCCCUGGCCCACUGCCGAAGCGCAGGCGUCCGUCUUCGCGGCGCUCUGGGCCAAUACACUCGCUUUACCAUCGAAGCCCGAGAUGCGCCAGUGGUCACAGGAUCUGGAGAAACGGAAAGAGGGCGCGCUUCACGUGUUCAGUUCGCUAGAGGAUGGGCACUACAUCAACGAGCUACACGAUUGGGCGGCGCAGGCGAGUUUCCUAGGUAAAGAAGGGCCGCGGUGGGAUGAUGAGAAGUUCUGGGAGAGAAAGGUGUACGCGGAUGCGAAACUGCGCUUCGAGAAGGCAGGGGGCACAGCCAAGACCCUGGACGAGCUGGGUUUGCGGUAUGAGCGGGAGAGGACAAUAUGA